CUAAUUUCCAUUUCGUAAAGGAUGAUGCCCUAGCUCUCCCUCCCUCUCUCUCUCCUACUCCUCCGUCGUCGUCGUCGUCUUCUCUUUCGUUCAGCAGUGCACUGGCAUUAGCACCAAAGAUCCAUUCUUUGCCUUCCCAAGAGCUCGCGCACGCUUCAAUGGCGCACAGCCUUUGUCGCAUCGCGUCCCGUCUCGCCGCCUCCGCCGCCUACCACCGAGCCGGAGCCGGAGCCGGAGCCAAAGCGCCGGCCUUGCCGGUCGGCGCCGCCGCAAAGGUGGCCUCUUCUUCCCGCGCUAGCUCCAGAGCUUUCUCGGCGAGCUCCGACGGAGGCGACCCGUCCUUCCCCGGCUCCGGCCCUUUCGACGACGGGGGUUGGGAUUCGGUCUCGUCGUGGUCCACUGGGAUGACCAAGGACUACUUCGACGGCGAAGCGGUGGGUCGCAGGACGAGCCCCGGCCCUGGCCCCGGCCCCGGCACGAGCACGGCCCCCGGUCAGAACCCAGGCUCGAACCCUUACCAGUCGAUGAUGAUCUCCGAUUUGCAGGAAGUCGAGGACAAGUUGAGGGAAAUGGAUGAGGAGAACAGGAAGGGCAAGGCGUUUGUGGAUGGCUGGGGCGAGAGGAUGAGAGAGAUCAGCGUGCUGCUGAAGCAGGUGCGGGAGCCGGGGGCGAGAGGGUCGUAUUUGAAGGACUCCGAGAAGGCGGAGAUGUAUCGGCUGCACAAGCAGAACCCUGAGGUUCACACUGUGGAGAAGCUGGCCAAGGAUUACAGGAUCAUGAGGCAGAGGGUGCUCGCUAUUCUUUGGUUGAAGGAGAUGGAGGAGGAGGAGGAGAAGAAGCUUGGCCACCCUUUGGACGAUUCGGUCGAGCUCUUGCUCGAUACUUGCCCCGAAUUUUUCAAUUCCCAUUGCAGGGAGUUCCAUGUGGCAUCCCUUCCUUACAAACCUGACUUCAAGGUUAUGCCAGAGGGUUGGGAUGGAACUGUCAAAGAUCUAGAUGAGGUCCACUAUGAGAUCUCAAAGAAAGAAGAUGAAAUGCUGUAUCAAGAAUUUGUCCAAAGAUUGAACUUCAACAAGAUGAAAGUGGCUGGAAAGGUUAAAUGCCACAAAUAUAGCCGACGUCGGCCCUCAGAAGGAUGGAAUAUCACAGUCGAAAAACUCGGACCACGUGGGAAGCGUGGAGGCGGUGGAGGAUGGAAAUUUGUAAGCUUACCCGAUGGAUCUAGUCGGCCGCUUAAUGAGAUGGAGAAAAUGUAUGUGCGGAGGGAGACGCCACGUCGCCGACGCAGGAUACUCCCUUGAUCGCUUUGGAUUCUGGUGCUGCUUCUUUCAAUAUAGUGGGUGACAUGAUUAGGUGCUAAAUUGUCUGUUUCUUUCCUCUUCCUUUUAUGUAUCUUUGUGCUGUUGGUGCAGGUUCUUUACUUCUCCUCUUUCUGUUGUGUAGUCACAAUUCAGCAGUAGUACUUAGAAUAAGGGCCACAAUUUUUUGGUCUGCCUGCAAUUUAUUUUGAUCACUGAUGAUUUUGCUUUAGAUGCUGAUCAUGUUGAUAGCUACCUCUAAAACCCUUGAUUCCUCAAGGAUCUCUCAGGUUAUGCGUAUCGUCGAAUUGUUUUUCUACUAA